AUGUCAAAAGUAGAGGCAUUUGAAGACUGGCGCCCUGCGCGUCUACCUGAGCGAACAAUCCUUAUCGGCGCCUUUGUACGAAUUGAACCGCUGCGUCCGUCCCACGCCCGAGACCUUUACGAAGCACUUGCCGGCCCGAAAGCAGAUCCGCUCACAUGGAACUACAUGUUUUACGGACCAUUCUCGUCAUUGGAGGAUUUUGAAGCAUGGAUCAGGGACUAUACGCAAAACAAUGAUCCUUUCUUCUGGGCUGUGAUCAAUAAGCAAACCGGGAGAGCUGUCGGGUUCUUCGCAUUUCUGAGAAUCACGCCAGAAUAUGGCGUCACAGAAAUUGGCCACAUCGUCUUUACCAGCGCGAUGCAGCGAACACCAAUGAGCACAGAGGCAGUGUUCCUUCUUAUGCGAUACGCUAUCGAGCUCGGGAAUCGCCGUGUUGAAUGGAAGUGCGAUAAUGGUAACAGCCGAAGUCGGGCUGCGGCGUUGCGAUUCGGGUUCAAGGAAGAAGGUGUUUUCAGGCAGCAUAUGGUGGUGAAGGGGAGGAAUAGAGAUACAGCGUGGUUCGCUUUCUGUGAUUUCGAGUGGGCGAGGUUGGAGAAGGCGCUUGUGACUUGGCUUGAAUCAACGAACUUUGACGCGGAUGGGAAGCAGAUUAAGACAUUAGAGCAGUGUCGUGUGGCUUUGCAGUAA